AUGGUUGUCCCUAAGGCUAAAGUACCUGAUGUUCUACAACUGUACCAUAGUAGUUCUUCAGGAGGCCACCUGGGAGUUAAACGAACUCUCCUGAAGAUCCGAGAACGGUUUUACUGGGUCCACUGUCGUGACGAUGUCGAGGACUGGUGCCGCAAAUGUACAAGUUGUGCGGCUGUAAAGGGACCUCAAAUUCGUAGUAGAGGCGCAUUGAAAUUGUACAAUGUUGGUGCACCAUGGGAGUGGAUAGCCAUUGACGUUGCGGGGCCGUUUCCCGAAACUGAAAGUGGUAACAAGUAUUUCAUAGUUGUGAUGGAUUACUUCACUAAGUGGCCAGAAGUCUUCGCCAUUCCAAAUCAAGAAGCUUCAACAGUUGCAGAUAAACUAGUUCAUGAAGUCUUCUGUCGUUUUGGAGUACCUUUAGAGAUUCACAGCGAUCAAGGAAGGAAUUUUGAGUCUCAAAUAUUCCAGGAAACUUGCCGAGUUAUGGGUACUCAGAAAACACUAACAACUUCUUACCACCCACAAUCUGAUGGAAUGGUAGAAAGAUUUAAUCAGACAUUGGAGAGGUAUCUAGCAAAAGUUGUGGAAAAACGGCAACGAGACUGGGACAGGCACAUACAACCGUUUUUGUUGUCAUAUCGAAGCGCUGUUCACGAAAGUACAUCAGUGACACCAGCUUUCGCAAACUUUGGGAGAGAAUUGCGGCUGCCUGCAGACCUGAUCACCGGAAUACCACCUGAUGCCCCACGCAGUAUAACUGAUUAUGCAAAUGACUUGCGGAACAAAAUGAAUGACAUUUAUGAGCACGUCAGACAGACGGGCCAGCACACGUCUGAGAAGAUGAAAACACGGCAUGACCGCAAAAUGAACAACAAGGGGUUUGAUGAAGGUUCACUAGUGUGGUUACACAAUCCAGUUCGCAGCAAAGGGAAAUCUCCUAAGCUUCAAGCUAAAUGGGACGGAUCGUACCGGAUUGUGACAAGGAUCAAUGACGUAACCUACCGGAUACAGAAAGGUGCCAGAGGUACUCCUAAGAUUGUCCAUGUGAAUCCAGACUGGCGCGUUAUUAUGGGGCCAAUAAUGCUCGGGACGAGCAUGUCUUAG